AUGGAUCGAAUAUCGAACUCAAAAUCGGACACAACUUCGGCAGUUGUGUCACCGAAGGCGUCGUUAUCACCAAAAGGAACGGCCACGAAUGGAAAUGUUCCCGCUGUCAAGAAAGCAGCUGAAGGUCUUGCAGGACUCUACGAGUCUGAUGAUGACGAUAUGUCUGAGAAGGAUGGUGGACUGGAUGCGCUCUUCCUCGUAAGGAAUAAACCGGAAGAGAUUGAGCGAUAUGUGAUUCAUAUUCGCAAAAUGCUACUGGAAGGAGAGGGAGAAACUGUAAUCGAACUUGGCGUACCCAUCGAUCAAGGAGGAAAAGGUUACUUCAGGACUUGA